AUGCCUCGCUUCAGGGAUGGCAUGUGGCUGCCAGCCGAGAACAUGUGGGUUGAGCACGCCGAGCAGGUUUACUACACCAACGAGAAGCCUGAUGGCAAGGGCCUCAACCUGUUGUGUCCGACUAAGACCAUUGAGAGCCGCGGCCACACGUUGAACAGGAGCACAAUCACCAUGGAUGUCAAUGCCGAGGCGGAUGGAAUCAUCUCUGUCGAAGCGACUCACUGGGCGGGUGCCCAGAUCAAGGGACCUCAUUUUGAGCUAUUCCCCCAGGGAAGACCGGAGGUCACGGGAGCCAUUUCCACGAGCGACAAGGGCACGACGUUAACUUCCGGUUCGCUGGCUGUAACGGUCGACCCGAGCAACUUUGACAUCCGCUUCCACAGCGCCGACGGCUCUAAGCGGCUCACGUCCCUGCAGGCCAGUAGCGUGGGCCUGGCAUACAGCCCCGCGCCAAGCAACCCCAUGCAGACAGGGGAUAUGCGAGACUUCAAGCACUACAUGUUCACGCAGACCUCACUGGCUGUCGGCGAGACCGUCCAUGGCCUGGGCGAGAGGUUUGGUGCAUACAACAAGGUUGGCCAGUCAAUCUCCCUGUGGAACGCCGAUGGUGGCACCUCUAGCGACCAGGCCUACAAGAACGUCUCUUUCUGGCUUAGCUCAAAGGGCUAUGGUAUCUUCAUCGACACCCCUGCGAGGGUCGAUCUGGAGAUCGGAAGCGAGAGGUGCACCCGCGUGCAGACCGCCAUUGAGGGACAGAGGCUAAAGUGGUACAUCAUCUACGGCCCUACCCCCAAGGAGGUCCUCCAGAGGUACUCCACUCUGACAGGUCGCCCCGGCAAGGUGCCCAACUGGAGUUACGGACUCUGGUUGACCACCAGCUUCACCACCAACUAUGACCAGGAUACUGUCAAGUCCUUCCUAGAAGGCAUGAAGGAGCGUGGCUCGCCAGUUGAUGUGUUUCACUACGACUGCUUCUGGAUGAAGGCCUUCACAUGGACUGACUUUGUCUUUGACUCGGAGAGGUUCCCCGACCCCAAGGGACAGAUUGCCCAGCUCAAAGAGUCUGGUCUUUGCAAGAAGGUCUGCGUCUGGAUCAAUCCUUACAUUGCGCAAUACGGAGCCGCCUUCAGCGAAGCUGCUGAGAGGGGCUACCUUGUCAAGCGCAAGAACGGUGAUGUCUGGCAGUGGGACCUGUGGCAGGCCGGUAUGGGUCUGGUAGAUUUCACAAACCCCGAGGCUGUUACAUGGUAUGUUGAGAAGCUCAACGGCCUCUUCGACCAGGGCGUCGACUGUAUCAAAACGGACUUUGGCGAGCGCAUCCCGACGCUGGACGUCGAAUGGCAUGACAAGACCGUUGACCCACACAAGAUGCACAACUACUACGCUUUCAUUUACAACAAGAUUGUCUACGAGGCUCUCCAGGCAAGAUACGGCGAAAAUCAGGCCGUCCUGUACGCCCGGACAGCUUGCGCCGGCGCGCAGCGCUUCCCUCUGCAAUGGGGCGGCGACUGCGAGUCCACCCCAGAGGCCAUGGCGGAGUCCGUCCGCGGCGGUCUCGGACUCGGUCUCAGCGGCUUCUCCUUCUGGAGCUGCGAUAUUGGCGGCUUCGAAGGUAAGCCGCCAGCGUGGAUCUACAAGCGCUGGGUGGCCAUGGGUCUCCUCUGCAGCCACAGCCGCCUGCACGGCAGCAGCUCGUACCGUGUGCCCUGGGUCAUGGAUGACGACGACCAGUCAGAAGAAGGUUGCUCCCGCACGCUGGCCAAGUGGACCACACUCAAGGGUCGUCUCAUGCCCUAUCUCUUCGCCGAGGCACAGGCUUCCAUCGCGCAAGGCCUGCCGCUGUCGCUGCGUGCCAUGUGCAUCGAGUUCCCCGACGACCCGACCAGCUGGUACCUCGACCGCCAGUUCAUGGUGGGUCCCAGCAUCCUGGCGGCACCCAUUUUUGAGGAGUCGGGCGAAGUCGAAUUCUACCUGCCCAAGGGCAAGUGGACAUCGUACUUUACGGGAGAGACCCGCGAUGGCCCCGGCUGGUUCACCGAGACGCACGGCUUUGGCACUUUGCCUCUGUACGUGCGUGAAAACACGGUGCUUGUGCUCGGCAGCGAGAAGGCCAUUGGUGCCGUGUACGACUACACGGAGGACGUCGAGGUGCGACUAUACGGUGCGCAGGAGGGUGCCAAGGCGUCGCUCGUGGACAAUGACGGCAACGAGGUCGGCAUCCUCGAGGUGGGGGCCGAUGGCGAGGUCAAGGAUACUUCAGCGCUGAAGGGCGAAUUCACAGUAAAGAAGGUAUGA